GUGUUUUAAAGUGAGAUCUGGAUGAAUGAAGAAAAGAGUGAAAUUCUUCCUGCUCUAAAACUGAGUUAUCACCAUCUUCCUCCGGAAUUGAAAAGAUGCUUUGCUUACUGUGCUCUCUUUCCCAAGGACUAUGAAUUUGACAAGUUACAACUAGUGUACUUUUGGAUGGCUGAAGGUCUUCUGCAGGAAACAAAGAAAGAUAAGUUAAUUGAAGAUGUAGGUAGUCAAUAUUUUGAUGAACUAUUGGCUAGAUCAUUCUUCCAACAAUCAAGUGCCUAUGCUUCACGCUUUGUGAUGCACGACCUCUUUAACGAUCUAGCUAUGUCUGUUGCUGGUGAUAAAUGUUUGAGGAUGGAUGAUGAACUGCAGGAGAUUUCUGUAAAGGUCCGUCACUUGUCAUUCAAGGGCAGGAUGUAUGAAACUUAUCCUAGAUUUAACUUUCUUGACAAAGUUCAAAAGUUGAGAACCUUUUUGCCACUACCUGUUGAGACGCCAUUUAAUUACUUAUCCCAAAGAAUUUUGCUUCACCUAUUCGCAAAUUCAUACUGCUUAAGAGUGCUAUCCUUGAAUGGUUAUGCCAUUUAUGAGUUGCCAGAUUCUAUUGGUGAUUUAAGACAUUUACGAUACCUGGGCCUAGCUGGAACAAGACUGAGGUGGUUGCCUAAAUCUGUGUGCACUCUUAUCAAUUUACAAGUGUUGAUUCUAAGUGGUUGUAGUAGACUUACCAAAUUACCCACAAGCAUGGAAAAUCUUGUUAAACUUCGGUAUCUGGACAUUUCUCAUACUUGCAAUUUACAUGAGAUGCCUCAGGGAAUUGCUCAACUAACAAGUUUGCGAACGUUAACUAAGAUGACUGCAAGUAAAAAUAAUGGAAUGAGUUUAAAGGAGUUGGGCAAUCUAUCAUUUCUACAAGGUAAUAUUUCUAUUGAGGAAUUGCAAAAUGUUGUGAAUGUUAAAGAAGCAACGGAAGCAAGGCUAAUGGAUAAGCCAAGCCUCAACAGAAUAAGUUUGAAAUGGAGCGCAGGCUUUGAUGAUCCUCGUAAUAAAAUUUUAGAAUUGAAUGUGCUUAAUGCAUUAAAGCCCCAUAAGAACUUAUCAACACUUGAAAUCAAGUAUUACGGGGGUGAGAAUUUCUCUAAUUGGAUUGAAGAUUCAGCAUUCCUUAAGUUAGCAAGGAUAAGCUUCAAAAAUUGUAAAAAUUGCACGACUUUGCCACCUUUAGGGCAACUACCCUUGCUAAGAGACUUAAGCAUUCGAGGCAUUGAUCAAGUAAAAGUGAUUGGACCUGAAUUUUAUGGAAAUAGAGGCCAUGGAGAAUUACCUUUUCCAUCACUCAUUAAUCUGACUUUUAGUGGCAUGUCUAACUGGGAGGAAUGGGUUGGAAUAGGAGGUGUUAUCCAACUUCCUAAGCUAUGCUCAUUGAUUAUAACUGAUUGUUCAAAAUUGGUCAGUCUUCCAAAUCUUUUACUGCCAUCCCUACGUGACAUAAAUGCUUCUGGGUGUAAUGAGGUGGUGCUAAAUCAUAUGCAGAAUUUGAAAUCUUUAACCAGCAUACAGUUGUCUAGAAUUGUUGGAUUAACUUCAAUUAUCAAAGCAUUUGAACAGUUUCCUUUUACACUUAAAAGUGUUACAGUUGGUGAAUGCCACAACCUUGAGACUCUAUGGCCAGGUGAUAGUACUGCACGAAACCUAGUCGACCUACAACACGUGGAUAUUGGCAGUUGUCCUAAGCUAUUUUCCCUUCAAGAGAUUGAUGUUCUUCCCGAUCUUAGGAGACUUUAUAUAAGAAAUUGUGAAGCUCUGAAGUUGUUGCCUAAUAAAAUAUCUUGUCUUGAGAAUUUGUCUAUUGAAAAUUGUCCAUUAUUAAGGACGAUGAUGAAAUUACAGGAUUGCAGCCCCUCGCUUGAUUAUCUAAAUAUUACUCAUGUGAAUUUGAAUUUGGCAAAUUUACUAGGCUCGGGCUCCAAUUACCAAAGUCUCACUGACCUACGCAUAAAGUCUUGUGAUGGUCUAGAAUUGUUUCCCAAUGGAGGCUUGCCCACACCAAAUUUAAAACGACUGUGGAUAAGAGAGUGUCAACAUCUCAAGUCCUUACCUGAUCGGAUGGAUCUACUUUCGUCCCUUUCGUCACUGUGGAUAAGUAAGUGUCAACAUCUCAAGUCCUUACCUGAUCGGAUGGAUCUACUUUCGUCCCUGGAUGUAUCUUCUUGUGCUUCAUUAAUGGAACUCUUUCCCCAAGAGAAUAUUCCUCCAAAUCUGUCUAGCCUUCAAAUCAGAAAUUGCGGAAAACUAAAGCCCCCGGGGGAGUGGGGCCUACACAAACUCACCUCUCUUAAUCACUUUACAUUUGGUGGAUGUCCUGAGCUGGUUUCCUUCACUAACAAUGCUGACGAAGAACACUGUGUGCUUCCUCCAUCUCUAACAAUUUUGUCGUUGGAUGACCUGCCGAAUCUCGAAACACUAUCAAAGGGCUUCCAAAGCCUCACCAUUCUUCAAGAGUUAAACAUCUAUCGUUGCCCAAAGCUUGAGGCGUUGCCUAUGGGAGAUUACCUUGAAAAGCUUUUGAGCCUUCACAUUCGAGGUUGCCCACUUCUUGAGAAACGGUGUUUGAAGAACAAAGGAGACUACUGGCCCAUCAUUGCUGACAUUCCAGACGUCCAAAUUGAUUCUCGAUCCAUCUAUUAUCCAUGUCCAUGAAUUCAAUUCCACGAGGCAUUUUCUGAUUACUUGUAAGAACACAAGAUGGAAUGAAUGUGUCUCUUCAUUAGACCUUCAAAAUGUUGCUGUGAGCAUAUUGCCUGUCAAGAAGAAUCAUUUGAGUCGAGGACGAUAAGAUGUUACAUUUUUUAGCUAUGCUGUUUUUCAGCUCACUCCAACUUGAACUCGGCUAAUGUUGCUAGAAGAAAAUCGAAUUUCUUUCCGCUCAAACGAUGGAAUGAUGAUUGAUGGCGUUAAAGAUUACUCUCACCUGGUUGCUGAAAUGAUAGGAUUGUCGUAGACAUGUUCAAUUGGCACUUGAUAGAGGUCUCCCUUCAAUCAAAACUUAAUCUAAAGACAGCUCCCUCUUCAUCCUUCGUCAUAUGAAGUGGUUCACUGCACUCAAUGUAGCAUUGUCUGUGAUAACAAAGGCUAGAGGGGCUGUUGAAUUCGACAAGGCAAAGUCUGAGGUUAAUGGUGAUGAGGACGAUGAGAACAGUGGAGACGGGGAAGACUAUGAGUAAGCACUAUCACAGAAAACUGGAUUUUGGAUUCAAGUGAGGGAACAAGCGUCUCUUUGCCAUUAACUUGGGGCAAAAAAAGAGAGGAAACGUAUGCCUUGUUUUUCAUUAUUGCCUAUUGGUACACAAGACGUAUUUAGAGGAAAGGGGUGGAGGAAGAGGGGGUUGAGUGCUUGUAGACCAUGAGCAAAAAAUGGCAGACUACAAUAAGAAUUUGAUUUUCAUCUGGUCGUCCGUUCCCAAUACAAUUUCGAGACUCGAUUUGAUUGGAGACUCAUAGCUCAGUCAUCUACCAGGUUGAGAAAGUUAUGAAUUGGGUUAGUCGUUGUAAGCUUGUGGGCUGACCACCUAUAUGCCUGCUUUGCAUAUAUUUUGUUGCCAGCUCCGAUCCACAUCAGUUGAUGACGUGUUGUUUACACCAAAUUUGACUUGUACACAAUAUCCGUUAUUACAAGAGUUAGAGAAAGACGCCAAUUCAAACCAUCAUUUGGUGACACAUUUUUUAAGAGCAAUCGUAGAACCUAUAUUUGUUAAGUGAAGCCAAUGUUAUGCUGAAGCAAACAAAAGAUUAUGACGAUUGGGGAUGGUCAAGUUCACAUUUCACUUCUUAUCUUUCCUCCCUCUCUCUUUUAGAGUAAAGAUCAUUUGUAGUAUUUCGUGGCUACCAAAUAUUCAAAUACUCCAGGGAACAUUGGAGAUGUAAAAUUCUGUAUUAUAUAAUAGGAGGAAUUUCUUUCUUUUUU